AUGUCAAAAUAUAAUGAAGAAAACUUAAAUGAAGAUGUUGAAUUAUAUAUUCCACAUCCAUUUGGUGUAAAACCAAAAGGAAAUUUUUAUUUUGAUUCAUUUAAUAAAGAUUUUGUUGAUAGUAGAAAAUUAGGAUUAGGAUUAUUUUCAGUAUUUGAAGAUAAUUUUAUAAUUGAUUCAAUUUUAGAUUUAUUAAGUGCAGAAGAAUUAACUAAAACAAUGAAUUUAGUUAGUAAAACAUUUUAUAUUUAUGUUCAAGAGGAGGAACAGUGGAAAAUGAGAUCAAUUAAUAAAUUUUCAGAUGGUGAAUUUAAAUAUCAACAUAGUUGGCAAUAUACAUAUAAAUCAAAUUGUGAUAAAUCAUUUUCAAAGGAACCAAUACCAAUCCAAGUGAAAUAUUUCUAUUCCGAUUAUUUAUUUCAUAUUCAUAGAUGUGCAACAGUUGAUCUUAAACAAUUUGAACAUGGUGAUUCAAUUGAUAGACGUACCAAUUUAACAUUUGAAGAGUUUACAAGAGAAUAUUUAAUACCAAAUAAACCAGUGAUCAUAUCUGAUGCAUGUAAAGAUUGGGCAGCUUCAAAAAAUUGGACAAGGGAAACCUUGGCAGAGAAAUGCGGUGAUGUUAAACUUUACAUUAAUGCAGGUGUAUUUAUGAAUGUAAAAGAUUUCUUUUACUAUAGUGAGCAUUGUAAAGAAGAAAUGCCAAUGUAUUUAUUCGACCAUUAUUAUGGUGAAAAAGUACCAUCACUUUUGGAGGAUUAUUCAGCAGAUGCUUAUUUCAAAGAGGAUUUAUUCAAUGUAUUAGGUGAUAAAAGACCAUCAUUUAGAUGGUUAUUAGCAGGUCCACCAAGAUCAGGUGCUUCAUUUCAUAAAGAUCCAAACCAUACAUCCGCUUGGAAUGCUGUAAUCACUGGUCGUAAGAAAUGGAUAAUGUAUCCACCACAUGUUGUACCACCAGGUGUUUACCCAUCUGAUGAUGGUUUAGAAAUUACUGCACCAAGUUCAAUAAUUGAAUGGUUUAUUAACUUUUAUGAAAAACCUGAUAAUGAUCAUGAUGAAAAAGACAAAGAUAGUUUAGAACAACAACAACAACAAAAAGAAAAUGAUAAAAAAAAUACAAGAUUUAAAUUAAAAGAUAAAAAAGUUAAUAUUAAUAAUCAACAAAAACAAAAUAAUAACAAUGAAAAUGAUAAUGAAAUUGAAACUUAUGAAACAGUUAAACCAUUAGAAGGUAUUUUACAUGCUGGUGAAAUGAUAUUUGUGCCAUCUGGUUGGUAUCAUAGUGUUUUAAAUUUAGAGGAAUCAAUUGCAAUCACUCAUAAUUUCAUUGACUCAAAUAAUCUAUUAAAAGUUGUUGAUUUUAUGGCAACAAAGAAAAAGAAAGAUUUAUAUAACGAAUUUACAAAUAAAAUUGAACAAGCUUAUCCAGGUAAAUUAGAGUCACUUAGAAAUGCUGAAAAACAAAAACAAGAAGAAAUUAAAAGAAAAGAAGAAGAAAGAUUAAAAAAUAAGAAAAAAUCAAUUUGGGAAACUACAACUAAUGAUUCAAAUAAUGUACCAACUUCAAAAUCAUUUUCAUUCUCUUUUGGUGAUGAUUUAAGUGAUAAUUAA